AUGCCAAGAAUAAUUAGCCGUGAACAGAUCAAAAAAUGGGCAUACGAAAUACACGAGCGCCUUUAUGAAGUAGAAAGAAAAGUUGUUCGUAGAGACGUUUUAUCAAAGGGGUUCUCUGAUACAAAAAUUGAACUACGAAAUGGAACCGAUAUAUUAGAGAAAGCUGCGAAUGCUUUAGAGGACCUUUUAGAUAGAAGAGUUAAAGCCGCUGAAGCUAUAAUGAGACGGGCUGAGGAAUUAUCGACGUAUAAUCUAGAAAAUAAAAUACAACCACCUUUAAAUUACACUUUUGAUCACAGUGUGGAUUUAGAUGUUUUAAAAAAAGCUGAGCCCACUGAAAGCAUGUGGGAGAUGUCGACAUCAUGUAAAAGCCUGAAUAAAGUGAAGCUACAUAGCAGUUCCCAUUUCAACGCCCGGGUUUCCUUGGAGACGAGCAGUGUGCAUGUCGUCGCUGAAGUAUUUGCUUGCGACCCUCGUGUCCAGCAACAUCUUUAUUGGUCUGAAGGUCUACUACCCACCUUUCGUGAAAACUACGCUCAAGACGCUACCCUCGAUUUCCAGUACAUGUGCAGUGCUAAAGGAUUCCUUAGACAUUAUCCGGCUGCUCUCUGGCAGAGUCUAUACAACCUAAAUGUGGAAGCUGAAGACGUGUAUGAUUGCCGAUUGCGGCCGUGGUAUGUGAGCGCUAGCGGGGCGCCACGGGAUGUGCUCAUUCUACUUGAUGCUUCGGGUUCUAUGGAUAAUUCUUCUAAUCAAGUCAUUGCGGAGAUUUUCACAUCCACUCUACUAAAUGCACUCACAGAUGAUGAUCAAGUAAACGUAUUACGAUUUCAUUUAGUUGUUGAAUCGCCUAUAAGCUGUUUUAACGAGAAGCUUGUCCCAGCAAAUCACGUGAACUCAGCGGCUAUGAUGUCAGCACUUAAGUUACAGAAAAUGGUAAACGAAUCAUUAAUAGGAGAUGCACUAGCAUACGCUGUACAGUUGUUAAAGAAACAGAAACAUUUGAACCGCCCACAGGCUUGCCAGCAAGCUAUUGUGCUAGUCACCGACAGUCUCUAUUAUAAUUACACUACUUUAAUGCGACAACUCGAUCCUGAAGGUAAAAUAAGGCUAUUUGUGAUGUGGCUCCACGAUUUAAACGGCUUACGUGACUACACACGUCUAUACGGUGACGCAGUGAGCUGUGAGCGUGAUGGUUACUUCGCGGAAUUCAUCACACACUCUGACGUCACAGAGCAGGUGAUCAAGAUCCUACGGGUGCUGGAACGGCCGCUUGUGGCGCAGCGAAAGAAGCGCCUAAGGGUGUAUAGCGAUGUAUACGCACAUAUUGAGGACCCAAGACGUGGAGAAUUUCAUUGGGAGCAAAAAGAAAGCGCAGAACAAGUAUAUCGGUACAAACAAUUGAGAAGGAACAAAGACAAAUUCUUGAAAGACGUUAGCAACAAUGAAGCGCAUAUGUACAAAUUAGACAAAAAAGGUCAAUACUACGAAGGAGAAGACAUGAACUAUAGAUUACAAGUGAGCGUCGCUGUGCCUGUUUUCGAGAGUACAAAAUCUGAGAACAUCACAGUCAUGUUAGAUGAGGAAAAGCAAAGGAACUCUACACGAACGUAUCCUGUAAAUAGACUGCUAGGUGUCGCUGGUGUCGAUAUUCCACUGGACCAUUUAAAACUUAUAUUGCCUUAUUAUUUGUUAGGCGCAGGUGGCUCCCUCUGCCUCUUGGAUCACCGCGGUAACGUUGUUCUACAUAAUAAUACGAAACCAGUAUUCGAUGGCGAUAUUCUAAGGCCUGGAUAUAGAACUGUAGACUUCUUAGAUGUUGAGCAACCAGCUGUCGACCACUAUGCUAGGCAUUAUCCACAGGAAUGGCUUGAUUUCCGCAAAGCAUUAGUGAUCGAUGAACCUCAAGGCUUUAGGUCAAUGUAUGCUAAAAGUAUUUAUGAUAACGGAAUGCGGGUAAUGUUAGAGAUGAGAGAUUAUCAUUGGCGAAGGAUUCACGACCAUUACACACUUAUUGUAUCGUUGCCGACAUACAACUUGUAUCACGCGGCGCCGGCUGGAGAGCUGACACAGAAGUUGGGAGAAGACGCUGUGAAAGCACUGUCUGGUACCGAUUUUUCGGUACAUCCUGACUGGUUAUAUUGCAGACACAUAGAGCCUCACUUUGAUUCUCGUGAGUUGGAAGUGUUGCACUUUCUGCGCCGGCGCAGAGAUGAACCGAACUUCGCUAUGCAAAAGUUGAAGCAUUUGUUUUCUCCGAUACCGCCCACUUUGUUUGAAAAGACCUACCAUUGUAAUGAAGAUCUAAUGGCCCGAUUGAGCCACGAAGCGAUCAUCACACGGCGCUGGGCGCUCGAACAUGAGGGCCGAGAGCAGGACUGCUCUACGUGCCUUCUUGGUUCUAUAACCACCUUUCUUGCUACAGAGAGCGGAUUAACCCGCUGGCACGUGUAUCACGCGGCGAGUUCACACGCAGUCCCCAUGGAGGGAGCGGUGUGGGCGCGCGGCCCACUCGAAGCGUGGUUUCGCCGCGCGUCUGCAGCGUCCGACACGCUCGUGGUGCACGCGCCUGUACCGCUCGUGGGGAGGAAGAGGAACACUGAUGUGGAAGUGGUGCCUUUAGGUCCACAUUGGCAGUGGCUGACAGCAGCCCGCACUGUGGCUCACCCAACAAAACAUGGUAUCAUCGGAGUGGCCGGCUAUCACUUCCACCCAAAACAUCUCGACGAUGUUCUGGAAUCCAUUACAAACGCACACUGUAAUCACGAAGAUAAAUCUCAAUGCGAGCCGCAAUGUGAUCACUCAAACUGGAGAUGCGUUCUCAUAGAUGACGCUGGCUGGAUCGUUUCUGACCAAACUGCAACUAAUGAUAGACACAAGCACCUCGCUACUGAACACCCGGGGGUAAUGAGGGCUCUGUUGAAUGAAAGCGUGUUUAAAGUACGUUGGGUUCAUGAUUAUCAGGGAGUUUGUUUCCCGCCGAAGGAUGAAAAACUGAAAGCAGCUGCUCCUAGACUGCCAUCAAUUAUUAUGUCUCUUUGGAGUUCUAUUAAGAUCAUUGUGUAUGCUUCACAGAAUCUAAUAACUGUUAUGAGCCUAUUAACAACCGGCACAAUGGCGAUCAGAGACACAAAUCUGGAGCGGGAGAAGCGCCGCAAGCGGUUGCAGCGCGACUUCGAGCGGGAGAAAUACGAGCGGUUGUACGACGAGCGCGUGGUUAUUAACCGCACAAGAGUUGCCACUUGUGACCGCUCCAGACCGAUUUAUGAACUACAGCGAAACAAAAAAGCAAUGGAAGCACUAAAUCGUCCAGCGAAACCGUGCCAGUGGCCCUUCGUAGCGACCAAAGUUCCGGACACAAACCUCAUCCUGAUCGCCAUUUACUUGCACUGCCCUUACACCGGACCUCCUCUUGAUGACUCGCUGGUUAACGAGCCAGUACAAAUGCGUGAAGUCAGCUCACUACGUGGCUCAGCAAGCCAGCUGGCGUGCUGGCGCGUACGCGUGCCGCUGCCCGCGCGACCGCCGCAGGCAACGUGCUACCCACAUAAUUAUACCGCGGAAGCUGGAUACAGGCAGUGCGGACCAUGGCUUCCAGACCCCGAAAACAACGCAAACACAACUCAACUCGCCCAUCUACUCCUAUAUCUCAAAAUUAUAAUACAUUUGAUUAUAAAAUGAAAAAUAUAACGACAAGAUUCGAUGCAGAUGAAAACGUUAUCUUCACAAGGUGAAAAAUUGCCUUAAACCUUACAUUAUCGAGCAAAGGUUUUAAACAUCUAUACUUACUCUCAAAUUUAAUGUAUACUUAUCUUGAAUCUCGACGUUAAAAUUGUUAUUUUACGUUAAAUUAGUUUUUAAAAUGGCAAUGGCAAAAUUGUAUUCUAUGUUGUAUUGUGAAAAAAUUAAAAGAUGUGUGUUUUGGUGUAAAUAAAAGUCGAAUUAUUUCUCAA